CAUGCAAUAACUACCUCAAAGUUCGCAAGGCUAUUUCAUGUCAGGUAUGAGAUUGAUGUCCUAUGAACCGUCUACAGGUUGACCCGUCUCUACGUGAGGUCUGCGGGGUGCGCUCUCUGCCCAUUUUGCAAUGGAGGCGUUGGCAGCAGUGGCGCUUGCAGGCAAUGUUGCUCAGUUUCUCGAAUACGCCAUUAUUCUAGUGACGAGAAUACCGGAAAUUCUUAACAGUCCCAACCACACUUUCAUGGAGACGAACGAGCUGGAAACCAUUGUUCUCGAUGUGCAACAGUCAUUUUGUAGCAUCUCCAUAUCAAACCCGAAGGCUCAGGAUGGAGCUGCGUCGGACAAGACACUUGAUGGCCUUACAAAAAGAUGCCUAGCGGUAUCUGAUGAGAUCAUGACCAUCACCAACAGUCUCCAGGUUAACACUUCUGGGAUUACUAUUAUCCAAGCCAUCGAGAUGGUGUCCAGAACCCUACUGAAAUCAUCCAAGUUAAAACAACUUUCCGAGAGGCUAUACGACCUUCGCGGCCAGGUCUCCGCGCACCUAAUUAUACUAAUAAGACAGCAACAACAAGAGAUCCAUGUGACGUUGAGAACCCUUACCGCCGCUGGCGAGGAACUCCGAAUAACGACAGAAAACGACCUCCAACAAAUAAUCGACUACCUGGAAAGAAUAUCUAAGCAUGUAGACGAGGAACAGACCAUAGGUCGUGUUAAGCGCUCUCGAAAGGACAAACGUAAUAAGGCUAAAGUGCAGCAGACUGCCAAGCAUCGAAAAUUGACUAAACGAAGACCUGAGUGGGAUCAUUUCAUCGACUACGUACGGCGCGUAGAAGAUUGGGCUGAAAAGAAGCAUAACUCUAUACUAAAGAGUUUGUACUUUAGUCAGCUAAAAGAUCGCGAGUUUGCUAUCGCCGAGACACACAAGAACACGAUGGAAUGGGUCUUCAAGCAGGAGAGUGCGAAUUUUGUCGAAUGGCUACGCGAGGACAACAGCAUAUAUUGGAUUUCCGGCAAGGCAGGAUCGGGGAAGUCGACCCUUAUGAAGUUUCUGGCGACUCAUCCAUUAACAAUUCGCUACUUAAAAGAAUGGGCAGGCCAAAAUUCACUUGUCAUUGCCAAACACUUUUUCUGGAGCUCUGGUACCUAUCUUCAGAAGUCCCAGGAGGGCCUAUUCCGAGCCCUUCUUCUCCAAAUUCUAACUCAGCGGACGGACUUGGUUCAAGUUGCCUGUGCCAAUCGGUGGAAUGCCCAAUACUCAGACAGCUUCAGCCCCUGGAGUCACGCCGAGCUGGUAAGAACUCUUGAGGAUGCUGUAGGCGCUUCGGGACAAACAGGUUGCAAAAUUUGCCUCUUCAUCGAUGGGCUUGACGAAUAUGAUGGGGACCACGCAGAGCUAGUCACCGUGAUCCGCAGAAUAGGUGCUUUGAAAAGCAUCAAGAUCUGCGCAUCUAGUCGGCCCUGGCUUGACUUCUCGGAUGCGUUCGAGGUUAACCCCUCGAAGCUUUGUUUGCAGGAUCUUACCUAUGGGGAUAUUCGGCAAUUUAUUCAAGAUAACCUACAGCAAAGCACGAGAUUUAAUAACCUCCAACAGCGCAACAGGCGUGAAGCGGGUGAGCUGGUCCUCGAAAUAACUAAGCGAGCUGAUGGCGUGUUCCUCUGGGUCUUCUUGGUCGUGCAGUCUAUCCUACGCGGGCUGGGUAACGAGGACACAAUUUUGGACCUCCAACGUCGACUUCGAGAACUUCCGAGCGAUUUGCAUGAUUAUUUCGACCGAAUGCUCAGCACCAUCGAAGGGGUAUACAUUAAGAGGGUAUUGCGUCUGUUCCUUACGAUGAGUUAUGCCCGAACCUCGUUCCCAGUGAUCACGUUCUACUUCCUGGAUUUCGGAGACGAGCCGCUCUCUGCGGAGCCGCUCCCGUUCCUGAGGACGUGGCCUUAUGUGAACUUUGAUGAGGCAGAAGCUUUCGGCACGAAGAAAAGACAAUUGAUUGCACGUUGUAAGGAUCUGAUAUGCAUUACACCUGAUCCCGACGCGCCGGUUCUAUUCGCAGAGCGAGUAGGCUUCCUCCACCGUACGGUCGUUGACUUUCUUCAAACAUCUAAAAUCAAACAAAAGCUGCUGGGAAUCGCUGGUGGCGACUUCGAUCCUGUGAGGAUUCUACUUAGAGCGAACCUGGGUCAGGCACGGUCUUUGAUGCACCUCCAUCGCUAUACAUAUAUAAAACCAUAUCUUAAGCAGUGGGUGCUAGGAACUCUGUAUUAUGCUCACCAGAGCGAGACACUUUCUGGAAACGCUGAAGUCGACGUAUUAGACGAGCUCGAGUCUAUUAUCACGAAAGCCUUUAGUAGGUGGGACUUUUCCCAUGCUGUAGAUUGCGUCUUGGAUAUUGCAGGGAUCACCUCCUUUUUAGAGCUGGCAUGCAAAUGUGACCUUGCGGCGUAUAUUGGCCACAAAGUCCCGCAGUGUACCAAGCGUGAAUUGGACACACUCGCCCCUAAAUGGAAGGAUUUGUUGGAGAUUAGACGAGAUUCAGACUUUGAAGUUGGUGUGCGACAGCUCUUGUGCAAUGAAGAGGACGAUUGGCGGGUUGGCCGUCUGGUAGGAUGUGCUGGCUCAUUUGAAGAAGAUACUCCAGUGGAUGUGGGAACACACGAUAUGUCUCCCGCGCUGCCUUCACCCCCUACAUAUCGCAUACGGGGGAUUCUAUCAAAGUUGGCUAGAGUGUUCGAUAGGCUAUAGCUUACUAACUACACAUGAGUAAUAGUACUUGAACCUUAACUAGCAAGAAUCAACG